AUGGAAGAUUGGGGUAGAGAAGAGAAUUGGCCUGGAGAGGAAGAAAGUAGAAGGGGGUGUUAUGAUAGUGUGUUUGAGAGGGGUCUCAGUGGGAAUGGAGAUCAGAGAGUUAAAGUAAGUGAGCUUGAUUGGAGCUGAUUUGGAAAGAAUAUGAUUCUUAAAAGUAAUUUAAAUGAUCUUGUAAGAUCAAGUAGCUCCCAACUAAAUGAUGGUCAUAAACUCAAUAAAAUUGAGCUUUACAAAAUGGAAAAUGUUGAUAGAGCCUUAAAUGUGUCCUCUAGUUCUUGUAUUACUAAUACGAGAAAGAAUCAAAUUUCUGAAGGAUCAGAAGCUUCUCUUCAGACUAGAACUUUAUGAGAAAUAAAAAAUACAUCAUUUUCUCGAAGCUCCAAAAGGAUUGUUUCGACUGCUAAACCUUCUUAUUUAAACACAGUCAAGGAGACGUCUAGAAGAAAAGACUUAGUUGCAAAGCAUGCGCUUCGUCAAUUCAGAAAAUUUUACAAAGAAGCAUUCAGAACCAAAAAUCAAGAUACCGUUCCAAGAAGAUACACCAAGAUAUGUCAAACCAAAAUUCACCAGCAUAUGUAUUUGACAUUGGAAGACAUCAUUGAAGAAGAACACCUCACAGACGAGCUUAUUUACUACACAAUUGGAGUAACCCGCAUCAAGAAGGCUCAUCAGCUCUCUUGUUGCUUCAGAUUGAAGCAAGAGAUGAAGGAUUUCAUUGAUCUCACAUUCAAAUUUUCUCACAAUAGGUUACAUAAAUGACUCCAGUCGGAAAGCUUCAAAAUAUUACUAAAGUAUUACCUCAAUAACUCAGAUAACAAUGAUCUAAGAGACCUCUGCAUCACAGUAACAAAUGCCUAAACGAAUGACGACUUAAUACUCAGGCCGCUCUUUCACGUUCUUACCUGCAAGUCCUAAAUCACCAAUAUUAAUUUGAUGCUAAAAAUUGCCCUAAAUCUUUCCCACAUAACUCCUCUCACUUACACCCCCACUUCCCCAGCUCACACCUCUCUUUCCCCCUCUCUCUCCCAAAGUCCCUCUUAGACCAAUUUCUUCCUUCAAAAUCUCCCAAACUGUUAUUUUCCGCACUAAAAUUUCCUUCAAGUCGUACAAAAAGUACUUUUUAAGAUUAAAUUUAAGCUAAAUUUACCAUCAUUCAAAAUCUGUUUAUCUUAAAAUAUAAGAUAGUAGUCAAAUUUCUUCAGAAUUUUCAAACACAUUAAGAAAAAUAUAACAAGUCAACUAAAUCAAGCUACUCGAUGGCAAAAAUCCUUUUUCAGGAUAGACCGAGAUUUCUCUUCCGAAUACUAUUAGAAAUUUUUAGAAUUCUUAGUAUUUUCUUUAUAAUUUGAUUUCUUCAAGUAUAAAGUCUGCUUGGGAUUGCAACAAAGUGUAGAGGCCUUUUCCUGGUCAAACAAUUUAAUUUCUAUUCGAGUAUAUUUGAAUGUAAGAUAGCCUAUAUUUUAGGAUAAUUCAUAGAGACUUGAAAUGACAUAGAUAGGUUUAAAUUAAUAAAAAUGCACCUAGAGCUAUUUCAAAAUGCUUACAGAUAUAGGAAAUUCUCUUACUUAAAAGUCAGUGAGGAUUUAUUCGAUAAAAUAAGUAUAAUUUUUCUAAAUUUUUUGAAAAUUUCUUAGUUCUAAUUAUAGGUAUCAUAAUUAUAAAUUAUCCAAAAUACUUUAGCCCAAAUUCGACUCAAAAAUAAGAAUUUAAAGUCUCCUCAAAAGUCUAAUGCUUUGGAAUACUUUUAAGAUCCUCUCUAACCCUGAGUUCUUGACUUUGUAGCUGCCAUGGUACUUCAUAAUUUCUAGCCACAGUUACUAACAGGGCUAAUAUUUCAAUUAAUGAUAGAUUCUGGGGAGCUAAACUUAGCACCAGGUACCAUAUGUAACUAUAAAGAUCAAUUCUUGAAGAAAACAUUAACACAACAGUGAUCAAUUUAGAACUAUAGAGAUGAACAGUUCAGAAUUCACUGAGAAUUUAGCACAAAGCAAGGGUUCGUUAUCACUAAAAACAUUAAUUUGCCUAAAAUGUGCAGGGGCUCAUCCUUAGUUUAGUCAGGUAUUAGCGUUUUGCCUGGAUAAGCAAGAUUAGAGUAAGGGUAGAAUUCUUAAUGGACUUAUCUAUACGUGUUCUGGUGGGAGAUAAUAUUUAAGAAAUUCAGAAUGAUUUGGAAUCCUAAGACUGUGUAAUUCUUGUCUAGAGCUUAAGAAUGUGGUUUUGUGACAAUUUGUAAGAACAAAAUUA